AGUUAAGUUAAUUAGAACGUGAUGAACGGCUCAAACCCUGCAGACGCCCUACAAAAAGCCUGCGCUCCGAUAAAAUGGGAUCGCACUCUGAGCAUCGUGCUGGGGUGCGUGUGCCUGCUACUUUCGCUACUAGCGUCUGUUGGGAACCUAGCUUCACUCGUUUAUGUGAAGCUUAACUGGAACGUUGGACCCAAAAGAAAAGCGAACUACACCCACCAGAUGACUAUGAUAAUGGUGAUCAACAUUGCUUUUACCGACCUGCUCAACGGACUGUUUAGUGCAAGUUUCAACGCUGCUAAUCUGUUUAAGGAGGAGUAUUCAAUGCCGGAACCUCAGGCGAUGAUGUAUCUGUGUAACUUCAGUGGAGGCAUUCACUACCUUACUACCAGAGCUAGUCUCCUACUCAUGAUGUGUCUCAGUGUGUUCAGAUUCAUUGCCAUCAAGAAGCCAACCUACUUCAGCAACAGCAACUGUAUUAAGGUAUUAUGGGGAGUGAUAGGGAUGGUGUGGGCUACAACACUAGCGAUCACAUUCCUACCUUACUACUUGAACACAAGAUACAUUUACUUUCCUGACGUCGCCCAUUGCACGUUUCAUUUUUGGCAGCUAAAAGAUGGGUUAACAGACAUUUGCCAGUUCCUGAAGUCAGGAGCUAAAACCUUGUCUAAAAUGAUAUUCUUCCUGCUCUACAUCUUACCAAUCCACGGACCAGGGUUCGGAAUGAUAUUCUUCACAAUGCUGAUAUUAGUUCGACUAGCUAAACUACAUUUGAAAGUGCAAAAAGGGAAAGGAGCGACGAGUAAGCCCCGGCGUUGGACCACCGUCUUUAAAAGAAGUUCCGAGGAAAGUUUACACGCUAAGGCUGCUUACUCGACACUACAGAUCCUGGCUUGUUUUGUGCUUACAAAUGGCCCCUGGUGGAUUAUUGCGCUGGUUCAUUUCUUUGACAUGUUUGGUUUAGUAAAGUCUGACUGUCAAGAAGGGCAGUAUUGGCGCUGUACUCUAGGAAAGAAAUACUUUUCACUAAUGCUCUUCUUCUCGAUGAAUCUUCUGAUCUAUCUGAACGCAGCGAUAAAUCCGUUCAUCUAUUAUUACAGGCUGUUCAAAAGAUCAGAGAAGAUAAAGAAGCAGCAAUACACGCGCGGCGCUUCAAUGGCCAGCGGUUUAGCACGUGCUGGAUCACGUGACCUCCUCUCAAAAGACUACACAGCUACCCGGGGCAGUGUGUCACCUCCUCAUGAGAACGGGGAACAUGUUAAAACACCGUUAAUGAAGAGGGAAGAGAAGGUGAAGAGUAACGGGCAUAAUGGUAUGACCUUGCAGGUGAAACCUGCUGUGCCGGUCGGUGGGGUGACGCAUAGACAUCUGGAGGUGUAUACUAGCUGUUAGUCUCCUCACGUGUUAGACACGUGUUAAUCUUAUCACGUGUUAAUCUGGUCACGUGUUAAUCUUAUCACGUGUUAAUCUGGUCACGUGUUAUCUGUAUCAGUAUUGAGGGUACUUGUUUAGACUUAUAGAGCUUGGCGCUGACACGGCGUGAUCUUACCAUUAUGACUGUUGUUAUAUUUGCUUAUUCUCGUACUCAGAGAUUAUCUAAACCAGAUGACCCGUCUUCAGUUCAUUUAUCCGUAUAAUGGGCUUUUUCUCUGUGUUUAUCUAGAUUUGAACUUACAUUUUCAUCAUGUUUCCAUAUUAUAUAUAUUUGGGCUGUUUGUAACUUUGUGGUUUAUCUUAGUGACUAGCUAAUUUCAGAAAUCAAAACAUAUCAAGAUUUCGCGAUAUAUAAAUUUAUAUCAAUCGCUCUUUUUGCCAAUAUUUAUUAUGUCUUGAGAUAACAAUCUAACUAGUUUAUGAUAUUAUGUACAUAUCACACAAAGACAGUCAGUUAAAGCAUAUGAAAUAUUGAG